AUGAGUAACCGCCAUCUGCCGGCUGGGCAGAACAUACAAGCUGCAGCCGGAGGCGUCAAUGGCGGCCUGGAUAUGAACGGAAACAUGGCACAUGUGGGCAAUAUGGGCGGCCCGCGGAGGAACAGGCCGCAGUACAACGGCAACAUGCCCUAUCACCAGCACCGCGAGCCUCACUAUCAGCACCAGCAACACCAGCAACACCCCCAGCACAUGAUGUACUCCAACUAUCCGCCAUACACUCAGCAGCAGUACUACGCCAUGCCGCAGCACCACUACCCGCAACCACUUGCCCCGGGCUAUAUGCCUUACCAGGGCUACACCAGGUCGCCGCCGCCGAUGCAGCAGUUUGCCCCGAUGGUGGGCGUGAGCGUCCCACCGAGCUACCCCCGAGGCGUUCCGCAGUCGCCCAACCCAACCACGCCGUAUCAGCCUCCACUUGCUACCGCGCCCGGCCUGCCUCAUACGCCGUCCUCGACUCACUCGACGCAAUUGCUGCCUCCGCAUACACCUACCACUCCCCAGACGCCUCAGAGCGUUCAGCCAGCCCCCGUGGUGCCCACCCCUCCUACUCAGGAGACUGCUCCAUCACCAGCUCCGGCCCCGGCCAUUGUUGCUGCUGCCGAGCCCCGCGAGCCGUUUCGACCACCGCUACCCUGGCUGUCACAUCCCGGUGUUGCAUUCCCUGUGAGGACUCCGCGAGCAAAACGGCUGAGAAAGCCUUUGGGUGCAGGAGACAAGGCGGUAUCCCUACCUGCGGGGCAGCAUGAUGUAGCAGCAGAACAAGCCAGUCAGAAGCCUGCUCUCUCUGCCCACAAGCAGUCGGGCACUCAAGCUCCAGCUCUCAAGCAAGAGGUAGAGCCUGAAGUAUCCAAGACUGAAGAGACAGUCAAGGCAACGACCAAUGUUCCUGCUACGCGCACAGCUGCCCCCGCCAUUCCUGUAGUCCCAGUCCUGCCAAAGCACGGGCCCAAGCCUGAGACUGCGAGUCAAGAAAAGGCAAAUGAAGAUGCUGCCAAGCUCAACGGUCAAGACACGGUGGCUGCCGAGUCAAACGAGGUCAAUCCUGACGGAACAAACGAUGCUCCUGCCUCAGCAGUCAAAGCUCCUCCCUCGAGCUGGGCCAACCUCUUUGCCAGACCAUCAGCACGAGCUCCAGUCAACGGCUCGGGAGUGAAUGGUGUCAAUGGGAUCAAUGGUGAUUCGGCUGACGCCGCCAACAAUUUUCCCGGCUCUGCCUUUUCUAAAUCAAAUGUCAAUUCCCUCGCGGAAGCAAUCCAGUCAUAUGUGGUGGAGGACAACGGUAAACUCGACUUCCUUGAGCCACGCGGACUCAUCAACACUGGUAAUAUGUGUUACAUGAAUUCCAGGGCUGCUCACAGCUUCAAGAGCGAGACUCCUAUGAUUGACGCCUUGAUUAUGUUCAUGAGGGAGUAUAGAGUACUCAAAUCGUCAGCAUCGGCUGACCAGCUGAACCGUAACCUGAAGAGCGAGGACCUCGAGCGCUAUGGUGAACCAUUUACACCCGAGUUUGUCUAUGACGCUAUCCGACAGCUAUCUCGAUUUGACAGCAUGCGACGUGGUCACCAACAAGACGCAGAGGAAUUUUUGGGUUUUCUUCUUCAGUCUCUUGAUGACGAGUGCACGCAUGUCAUGAAAGAUUUGUCAAUUGUACCCGAAGAAGUGCCUUCAUCCAACACCUCGACUGGUGGAUCUGUUGCGGCUUCCGAUGACUGGCUCGAGGUCGGCCGCAAGCAACGUGCUGCAGUGUCUCGCCUAUCAGGCCACAACACAUCAACUCCCAUUACCAAGAUUUUUGGCGGUCUUUUGAGAUCUGAAUUUCGCGUGCCGGGCUUGAAAGAUUCUAUCACCACAGAACGCUACCAGCCUCUUCAAUUGGAUAUUCAGUCACCAGAUGUCAGGAAUGUCGUUGAUGCCUUGCGUGGGCUGACCCGGCCAGAGCGCAUUCAAGGGGACUUCAACUCCCCACGCGGAAAAGAUGUGGUUGCUACCAAGCAGGUCUUUAUUGAAUCUCUGCCCCCUGUUCUGAUUCUACACCUGAAGCGAUUCCAGUUCGACGCUGAAGGCCAUGGAACCGUCAAGAUCUGGAAGAAGAUUGGAUAUCCUCUGGAGCUUGAAAUUCCUCGCGAAGCCUUGUCACGCCAGAAACGCGACAGCUCGAUGCCUAGAUACAAGCUUAUCAGUGUGGUCUACCACCAUGGAAAGAACGCCAGCGGUGGCCACUACACUGUAGAUGUGAGACGACAGGAUGGUCGCGAAUGGAUUCGGUUAGAUGACACAGUCAUUCGGCGCAUUCGUCCGGAAGAUGUCGCUGAGACAGGAUCCGAAGAAGACCAGAAAGACACACGCAAGGAGACUACCUCGAGUGUCACCAACAACCGAUUCGGAGCGAUGAAUGAUGAAGAGACUGGCGACGAAGAUGGCUGGAAACAAGUUACCGCUCCAGCCAACGGCAAGCGAUGGAGCAGCGUCGUCAACGGCGGAGCUAACGGAGCUACCAAAGAGAAAUCAGUCAAGGACAGCAUCAAGGAUAACAAGGUGGCAUAUCUCUUGUUUUACCAGCGCAUGUAA